AUGACGCUCAGAAUCUUUGCAGUCAUCCCUUUCAUCACAUUUCCCUGGGCUACCCCUUUCGAGACUCUGCAGGCCAUCCUCACCAAGGCCAACCCACCGAUCAGGGACGAGUCGAGUCCACCAAGAAACGUGCCAAAGAGUAAGACUGCGGCCCCCGACAGUAGUUUUGAGGUGAUCAGAUGGACUGAAUUCAACUUGGAAACGCUCAUGGAGGCGUAUGGAGACAUCCUGAACGAACAAGUUCAGGUCAAGAACCGCGCGCCAACGCAGCUGCCUAGCAUCAGAUACCUCGCUGAUAUCAAGACUGUUGCGCAAGACUGUAUCUUACCUACUCUUCAGUACACCACAGAAGCGGGUGCUCGUCACAUUGGCAUCCGGCUGGAGCGUCAUCUGCCAACCUUUGACUUUCGCCCCUCGCUUCGUCUUCCAGGUAAUCAGACCUGCUAUCCGACAUUCGCCUUGUGCUCUAGCAAUGACAAGGCACAUGUGGUUGGCUGUGUCCAGUCUGCUAAGCAGUGGCACUCGAGUGACCUGCUGGGAACUUCGAUGACUGCCAAGCGCCCAAUCGGCCGACUCAUCACAUGCUGCAACAAUGCAAAUACCCGUUACGGUUUUGUUUUCACCAGCAGCGAGGUUGUUGUUACUCGCUUCUCUAGAACCAACACAGCCAGACCUUUCCAAAUUGAAUGGCAGGCUAUUCCGUGGGACGCACAUGGGGAGAAUGUCCUCACAGUCAACCUCGCGCUAUGGUUAUUGGCCAUGAUGAGCCUAAAUGACGACCAUCGACCAAUUUGUGACUCAACUGAGCUUCUUCCUCUCAACUCAUGGUCAAGAUCAGUGGGAACGGACGGCCAGGUUGUUUACCAGCACCAUCUUUCGAUGCGCAAACGCUUCGAUCUACCGGCGGGCGCAGUCUACACCGAAGUCUAG